AUGACUGCUGCGGUGAGGCGUCCCAGCAGUCUUCUUCUCGCGGGGUUAGAGCAGAUCCAGGACGACAAGCCGUGCCUGGACAUCCCGUCCCUGUCGCAGGCCGAGACGGAGUGCUCGGGCGACGAGGGGGAGCACCGCGGCAGAGAGGUGGAGUCCAGCGACAACAGCCCGAGUGACGACGCGUGGGGCACGGAGGCAUGGGGGCCGCCCGCCAUCGGCGGGUCGGUGGCGCUCAUGGAGCUCCACAUGGUGCCCCGCAUGGGUCUCCUCUCGCAGGCGCGGGCUGCCGACACCCUCAAAAUCGCGUGCGGGCCGAUGCGCCUGUUCAUGCUCGAUAGGUUCGUGGAUUUGACGACCGCCGACGUCAAAGUCACAGGCCCGCGUCAGUUGGGAGGCUCUGCUUCUCCUGAUGCGGCUCCGAAGUGGCGCCUCCCCAAGCGGGCUGCCGACGGCGAGGCCGCGGGCGCUCCUGCCCUCGGCAAUGCCAAGGCACCCCCGCCCAGGCAGGGCGGAGGCGCAACUUCGGGGUUUGGGGGACCGAACGCCGCAGCCAGCGGUCCGCAGGAGAACGCCGUUCAAGACAAAGGAGACAAGAAGAAUCGCAACCGCCACCUGGGCAAGGUCAAGGACAUGGGUUUCAACAAGAAGCAAGCGGCAUUCAUCAACGUGAUGGUCAAGCAGGUGCUGCUCACCUCGCAGAUGGUGCGGGACCUGUGGGCCGCGGGCGUGGACACGUUCUUCAUGGACGCAGACGCGCCAGAGGUGGUCGCUGUCAGCGAGUGCGGGGUGACAUAUUCACACGAAGUCCGAGCCCGCGGAAAAGGCCACCAGCUCGGUCCUCCUCACCUUCAUAUCUUCGAUGGGUUUCUCAGCCAGUUGCUCGAGCGUGGAGUAGCGCUGGGACGGCUGACGCGCGCGAGGCUCAAGCUCUGGCACGACAAAGCAUGGGUGGAGCUGCGGACCGAUGAGCUGUACGACAUUAUGCGGCUGUUCCGAGUGAUGAAAUGUUACGACCAGACCAAGCGCAAGAGACACAUCAUGCGGAGAGACGUGCCGAUGGACCAGCCCUCGCCAGAGUCCGACGAGCAGCCGCUGCCUUCUCCCAUACAAGUCCGCGGCCUGCUGCAAAAGGCGCUGGUCGAAGCAGGGGCGCGCAGGGCCCUGGGCGCGGCGCCUCCUGGCGCCAUGGAGGAGAUCAUGCAAAACGCGGUGGACGGCAAGGAGGUUCCGUCGCGUUUUGCUGCAGCUCGAACACUACUCGGGCGUGAGUUUGUUUCGUACUUGGUGCUGUUCACUGGCUGCACCUACGAGUUCGCUGAUUACAAUGGCUUCGGCCUAGCGCCGUGCAUCGUCAGGGACGUCGUCGCGCCCAUACGUGACUAUGCGGUUUCCGACCAGGCGCAGCUUCAGACAUGCGCGUCUACCAGGCAUGGUGACCUGAACUUCAAUUUGUUUUCCGCGAAGUUGCAGUCGCCGUGCGCAUUAUGUAUUGAGCUCGGCUACCGGUGCGAGCAGGACCCCACUGCACGCCCCAGCGAUGCCUCGGGGCCCGAGGACCUGGACGCUCUGCGCAGGCCGGCCAUGGGCAAGAAGCACAAGAAGAGCCACGGCCUCUGCCCACGCUGCGGGAAGCGCUCGUUCCACCUCCAGAAGAAGAAGUGCGCCGCCUGCGGGUAUCCCGCAUCCAAGAUCCGGUCCUACGAGUGGUCCAAGAAGGCCAAGCGCCGCCGCGCGCCGGGCACCGGCCGCAUGUCGUACCUCAAGACGAUGCCGCGCCGCUUCAAGAACGGCUUCCGCAGUGGCACCACGGCGCCAGCGCGCAAGAAGACCGCGGCCAGCUGA